AUGCGUAACACUCCGCUACGUAGAACACGGAAACCUAUCUCUGAAACCCAGUACCCUAUCUCUGUCACCCAGUACCUUAUCUCUGUCAUCCAGUACCCUAUCUCUGUCACCCAGUACCCUAUCUCUGUCACCCAGUAUCCUAUCUCUGUCACCCGGUACCCUAUAUCUGUCACCCGGUACCCUAAGUCUGUCAUCCAGUACCCUAUCUCUGUCACCGGGUACCCUAUGUUUGUCACCCAGUACCUUAUCUCUGUCACCCAGUACCCUAUGUCUGUCACCCAGUACCCUAUCUCUGUCACCCAGUACCCUAUGUCUACCUCCCAGUACCGUACCUCUGUCACCCGGUACACUAUGUCUGUCACCCAGUACCCUAUGUCUGUCACCCAGUACCCUAUGUCUGUCACCCAGUACCCUAUGUCUGUCACCCAGUACCCUAUCUCUGUCACCCAGUACACUAUGUCUGUCACUCUGUACCCUAUGUCUGUCACCCAGUACCCUAUGUCUGUCACCCGGUACCCUAUGUCUGUCACCCGGUACCCUAUCUCUGUCACCCGGUACCCUAAGUCUGUCAUCCAGUACCCUAUCUCUGUCACUCAGUACCCUAUGUUUGUCACCCAGUACCUUAUCUCUGUCACCCAGUACCCUAUGUCUGUCACCCAGUACCCUAUCUCUGUCACCCAGUACCCUAUGUCUACCUCCCAGUACCAUACCUCUGUCACCUAG